AUGCUCCUCAUUAAGCCGUCAUGGCUGAGCCACAGCGGCGAGCAAAAGGACUUUGAAGUCUACAGCUGCCAUGUCUCGCCCGAUGGCAAGCGUCUCGCGACGGCUGGCGGCGACGGCCACGUCCGCAUCUGGUCCACCGAGGCCAUCUACAACUCGCGCGACCCGUCGUACACGAAGCCGCGACAGCUCUGCCAUAUGAGCCACCACCUCGGCACCAUCCAUUCAGUGCGCUUCAGCCCCAACGGCAAGUACCUAGCCAGCGGUGCCGACGAUAAGCUCAUCUGCGUCUACCACCUCGACAAGGGCCCACCGCCUGCGACCUUUGGCUCCGAUGAGGCGCCCCCUGUCGAGAACUGGAAGACGUACAAGCGAUUGAUUGGCCACGAGAAUGAUGUUCAGGACCUGGCUUGGUCGUACGACUCGUCCAUUCUCGUCUCCGUGGGCCUGGAUUCCAAAGUCGUCGUCUGGUCGGGCUACACCUUUGAAAAGCUCAAAUCGCUGCCUGCGCAUCAGUCGCACGUCAAGGGAAUCACAUUCGAUCCCGCCAACAAGUUCUUUGCGACCGCCAGCGACGAUCGAACUAUCAAGAUUUUCCGCUUCACAUCCCCUGGCCCCAAUUCGACCCAGCACGACAUGAUUAACAAUUUUGUCCUCGAAACUACAAUUAGCUCCCCCUUCAAGAGCUCGCCGCUUACAACCUACUUCCGACGUUGCUCCUGGUCACCGGACGGAAACCAUAUCGCGGCUGCUAACGCCGUCAAUGGACCUGUUAGCUCUGUCGCAAUCAUCGAGCGUACGCGAUGGGAUAGCGAAAUCAACUUAAUCGGCCACGAAGCACCGACGGAAGUGUGUCUGUUUUCUCCCCGACUGUUUCAUACUGUGAAGCCCGGCGACGACGACGCCAAUGGAGAUCAGCCUCCGCAGCUCGUUACGGUCAUUGCAUCCGCCGGACAAGAUAAAACGCUCAGCAUUUGGAAUACAAAUACAUCCCGUCCUGUUGUCAUCCUGCAAGAUCUCGCUGGAAAAUCUAUUUCAGACUUGGCGUGGACACCUGACGGUGAGACCCUAUAUGCUGCGAGCUUGGAUGGAAGCAUCGUCAUAGUCCGAUUUGAAGAUGGUGAGCUCGGCUGGGUUGCCAGAGAGGAAGAAAAUGACCGCGCGCUGCAAAAAUAUGGCGUCUCGCGAAAGGGUAUGGGAAUCUCAGAGGAUAUCGACAGCCUGAUGCUAGAGGACCAGAGCAGGGCUGGCGAAUCAAAGGCGUUGCAAUCACGAAUGGGCGCAUUGAUGGGAGAUGCCCCUGGAAGCAAGCCAUCUGCUGCUACUAAUGGCACCGAUACUGGCGCCUCUACACCCAAACCCGCAGCCAAUGGCAGUGACUCGACUGAAAAACCUGAGGAAGACAAGAUUGCAGAACGAGUCAAAGAGCUCAAGUCUAGAGUAACUGUCGGCAAGGACGGCAAAAAACGUGUGGCGCCUCUGUUGGUAUCCUCAUCUGGUACCGGCCAAUCCUCGUUGCCUCAAUCGCAGUUGAUCGGUUCUACGUCGGCGAGAGCAUCACAGCAGGAUGCGCCGCUGACAGUUCUAGAUCUCAGCAAACCUUUUGACGGACUUCCAAAGGGGGGCAUCGCAUCCAUGCUACUGGGCAACAAGCGCAAAAGUGUGGUCGCCGAGGGAGAUGAAGAGGAACAUCUCGCCAAGCGACCGACCGGCGGCCCAACGACCAUCAUGACCAACGGCGCAGAUGGUAUUGAACCGGCAGUGCUCACAAACAUUGAAAAUGGCGUCCUUCCUACGCCAGAGUAUUUGCGACCCGCCGUCCUGAACCCAGCCAUAUCUGUUGCGGCGGUGAGGCUUGCAGUGCCCCGCGUGCGAGCGCAUAUCCUGCGACCCCUCCAGCAUGGAAUUCUUGGUGCUGAAGAGUCGGCAGCUAAGACGUCCGAAGCUAUUCUGCUCGAAGCCAAGAAUGACGUCAACCCUCGUGAUCCGUCUCAAGUCAUCGUUUCGAAACGGGGCGUUGUCGUCUGGCACGAAUUCUUGCCCCGCGCCAUUAUAUUAGUCACUGCAAACAGGAACUUCUGGGUCGUUGCCUGUGAAGAUGGCUCUAUUCACAUAUGGUCGCCUGCAGGACGUCGACUUCUGAACCCCAUAAUCCUUGAAUCACAACCCGUCAUUCUCGAGUGCCGCGACCAUUGGUUACUGUGCAUUACGGCGGUGGGAAUGGUCCAUGUAUGGGACAUUAGUAUGCAGUCUUCACCACACCCGCCCGUGUCACUUGGACCAAUUCUUGACAUUGCGACGUCAUCAUUCGACCAACACACCGCCUCCCCUGGCCCAGGUGUUACGUCAGCUCAUCUCAAUUCGACCGGGCAUGUUGUUGUUACUUUGACGAACGGCGAUGGAUUUUAUUACGCUCGCGAGAUGUACACGUGGCAGCGGUUAAGCGAGGCCUGGUGGGCUGUUGGAUCUCAAUACUGGAACUCGAAUGAUUCAUCUAUUUCUGCUUUACAAUCUACUGCAGUGGGACCAAAGUCAAAGACGAGGUCGAGCAGGAGAAGGAGCAGGAGAAAACAAGAGGAGGAAGAACGGGAGGAGCCAGCGGUGGACGUUUCGUCUGGCAUCAUCCCAUUCUUGGAGCGUCAUACCACCAACGAGUUUCUGCUCAAAGGCCGAGCAUACGCGCUGCAACGCAUCAUCAAGACACUUAUUCAACGCAAGGAAGCGGAAGACUUGGAGAGCGUGGUCAGCAUCGCGCAUCUCGAGAAUCGCAUCGCUGGAGCAAUGCAGCUUGGAGCUCGCGACGAGUUUCGAUUGUAUCUGUUUAUGUAUGCAAAGCGGUUGGGAGCCGAAGGUGCACACGGGAAAGUCGAAGAAUUGUUGAACACCCUUAUCGGCGGUAUUCUCCAGGGCGGUGAAGUGGAUGCAGAGGGUGGAAAGGGCUGGUUCAGCAAGUCAGAUGAAUUGUGUGGUUGGGAUCGAAAGGAGUUAUUAAAGGGCGUAGUACUGAUUCUCGGAAAGUUCCGUGAACUGCAGCGACUUACCGGCCAGUACGCCCGACUGUUGGACCUCGAUCUGGGUAGUAGUGGAAGGGAUGUCGAUUCCAUGGAAAUUGAAAAUUAG